GAUAGAGAAAGAUGGAGGCUUUCCCGGAGGGUGCGGCAUCGGUGGACGGCGACCGGGUGCCGCUUGCUCCCGGCCUUUCCGCUCUGGUUCCCGACAGGCUGCAUCAGCGCGAAGCGGAGCGGCGAGAGGAGGCGGAGAGGAGGCGACGAGACCGCGACGCGCAGUCGGUGCUAGAAGAGCAGAGCGAUUUUUUUACCGCCUCCUUCGCCCGGGAGCGGGAGGCCAUCGAGGCGCUGCUGCGGUCGGAGCCGGCUCGGGGUCCCGAGGCGGCCACCUUAGCCGUGUCUGAGGCGGCUCGGCGGCUGCAGGAUCUGCAGCGGCUGCUGACGGAUUCGGUGCGCUUCUUGGCUCCGUAUGAGGUGCGGCAGGGCCAGGCGAAGAGGUUCGCCUUUACCAAAGCCCUCAAAAAGGAUCCCGCCUCGGUUCCGUCCAAGCCUUCCGCUCAGCAGCCGCCCCGGGAGAGCGCCACGCAAGGCCGAAACGAGGCGGCCGCCUCCACGCCCGUGGACCCAGGUUGCGGCUUCAGCCGGGCCGAGGGACAAGCCCUAGAGCUCGGCCCGGCCGACCUGCUGCAGCAGGACGUGGUGCUGUCCCACCUCCGGCGCUGCCGGGUGCGGUUGCGCGGCAACCCCAACACGCUGUUGGUGCGCGACUGCCACGGUUGCACGAUCUUGUGCGGGCCCGUGUCCACCUCGGCGCGGGUGGAUGGAUGUAGCGGUUGCCUUGUGGCCCUCGCCUGCCAGCAGCUCCGGACGCACCGCGCUACGGAGACGAGCUUCUACGUGCAAGUGACUAGCCGAGCGAUGCUGGAGGACUGCAGCGCCCUGCGCUUCGCCCCAUAUUCAUGGGAUUAUGCGGGUAUUGAGGCAGAUUUCGAGACUUCUGGGCUUGAUAGAAGCAGGAACAACUGGAACCAGGUGGAUGACUUUAAUUGGCUGGCCAAGAAUGAGGCUUCCCCGAACUGGUGCGUGAUCCCGGAAAAGGAGCGGAUCACGGAGUGGAACUGAGCUACAGCCUGCAUUUCCAGAGGACUUGAAGACAGCAGUACUGAAAAGAGGACUGACCUUUUCAAAGGGUGGAACUAAAGCUGCGUUAAAAAGACCUGAAUGAUGUUCACUAUCUCUUUAAGAAGUAUGAUUAGGUUGCCAAAAUGCUUGUCCUGGUAGCCUUUCACUGUUUUCUUGCUAACUGAUUACAUGUCCUGGUACUAAUGCCUAAUAUUGUGUAUUCUCUGGGUUCUUUCUACAGUUCUGCAAUUGUAGCUGUAAGAUUAUGCUUUUUGUCCUCUUAGAAAAAAUCUUGUGAGGUUGAAGAUUUUAAAUUCUGUUAAAAUGUUACACGGUUAGCAAUUUGUUCACCAUAAUACUGAUUAAAAUUACUAUAAAUUUAGACAUUGGCUGUAAUGUGUUUGUGAUGUAUAUGGACUAAAAAGGUGGUCUUCCUGAAGGGUAAGUGAUAUGAGAUAUUUAAGAAUGGUUUAAAAGUAUUGUCAAUUUUUUUUGCCAGCUAUAUAAGAAAUAAUUUGGAGAUGCUAGAAGUAGUUCUGAAACCAUGCACCUUCACUUGUUAAAAUAGUUGAAAUUAUGCUUUGACCUGGAGCAAAUUCUUUAUGAGAUGCAUCUUUAUCUACUAGUUCCAAGGCAGAGAAUUCUACAGAAUUGAUCUGCAAAGCAUUUUGAAGGUUAUUCAAAAAAUAUGUGUCAGUUAACAUUAGUUCACUUUUACAAAACAUGCAGGUGUUGAGUUUACAAAAGUGCUUACUUUCUGAUCACAAAAUGUAUGUGGUUUUGCUUAUGCUGUGCCUGUAAGCAUUCUGAAGGUAUAUAUCUAAAAGGACACACCAAAAAUAUAUAUAGGCACUGGGCACUAUCUUACCAUAGAUAAGCACUUUAAGUGGGAGAAUGUUUAGUAGAUCCUUAAGUCUCCUUCUGAAAUUAAUAAGGUUCCAAAGGGUAAAGUUAGGUUGGAUUAUACCAACAGUAAACUUUCUGCUACAUUUUGUAUAAAAAUAUUUAUUUUCACAAUAAUAUGUAAGAUUUUAUAUAACUGUAUGUACAUUUCAAAAAUAUUUCAUAAUCUGAACAUAUCAAGAUUUUUAUUUGUUUUAUUUCCACUUUAUUUUUACAAAUACCUUGAUUGAAAGCAAUUUUUCAGUUGUUUAGAGAGCCAUAUAGUUAUUUAUUAUUAGCAAAUUUACUGCAUCCAUUAUCUUUUUUUCUUAACUUUUAUACCGAAGUAAUUCCAAAUUUAUAGAACCUGCACAGUAUUGAUGAUAGAGCUGUACAAGGCCUCUGUAAGAAGUGCUGAACAAUGCACAGGAGUGCAUAUGAAACUUUUGGCUUUGGAAUAUUAAAGCAGCUGCACAGUUGGCAAGCUUUGUGGGGCUUCUUCAGAAGUUGUUCUUGGCUAUCUCAAUACUCAUAAAAGCAGCCACAAGAGUCUCACAAUGUGGCUGUUUUAACUGUUUGGAAAGAGGUGUUGUAUAUGCUCACAAAUUUUGCUGAGCACCUCUAAGAAUCCUAAUAGAUUAAACUUAAAUUGCUGUACUACAGAAUAUUAGUUUUCUGCAUUUUUUUGUGUCCAGUAAGGAGGGUAACUGAUAAUGCCUUGGAUUAAAGCAGUUAUAAUUAAGAGUUUCCUAAAAGUUGUGUUCCAAAAAUAAUCAAUUUUCAAUGCUUUUUUAAAUAUCCUCAUUGUGAUUUUAUUAGAAUAAGACUGCAAGCUUCACUGGGGAGGUAGGAAGUUGCCUGUACCUCAGGGUCCUUAGAUGUUGAAUGGGUAGUUUUGAUGAACAAAACCUGGCUGCUCUUUUACCUUUUAAAAGAAAAGUUACAGUUUUGCUGAAUGCAACUUCUCAUAAUAGUAUUAUGUGAUGGGGUACCAGUGAAAGAAACCUAGCGUACAUGAUAGGAGCCAAUCUAGAAGGAAGAUAGUGGGACUGAAACUCUCCAAACUAGAAGUUGGGUAUAGUUACUCUAGGCUUACUCUUUUUGUGUUCCUCCAGGAUAGCCCUGGUUGUGCUAUAAAAACAGCAAGUUCUUGGAUCCAUUUUUUUCUUGCCAAAAUAAAAGGCAUAAUUUUCCCACCUAAACAUUCCAGCUCCCCCCAAAAUAUAUAAUAUGAAAGUUAGUCCCAUCUGUUCUUGUGGUAUCACAUCAUUGUUUUACUACCACUUUGUUCCUGAGGGAGCUAACUUUUAAAUAGUACAGCUUCCAAUCACAACAAGAUUGUCUGCCAUUACCCUACAGUGUUAGAAAUUGUAAUGGUAGAAGGUGAUAAUAUUGUUCCAUUAUUUUUAUCAUAGUAAAAAGUGCUGAAUCUUUUGGCAUUAAUAUUCAGUCUGGGAACUUAACAAGGAACCUAUAUAUAAAAAGCACGUUCAGUUUCAAAUUACACUGAAAUGAGAGUAAUUAAAGAAAAUGCAGUAGCUAGCCACCCAUGGCAGAUUAGAGAAAAAUAAUUCAAAUUUGUUAAUCUAUGUGAGUUCCCUUAAAAGUUGUGCAAGGAAAAAGCAAGUGUACUCUCAGUUACAGGCCUUGCUUAAUUCUGUGAAAAUUGUAUGAUCAAAUCUCAAUUUCAGGUUUUAAAUCUUGAGGAAAAUCUUGAUAGGUUUGGUCACUGCCCUAAAGUCAUUCCUACAUAUCAUUACAAUUACCAACCUUCAGAAGCUCAGCUUUACUAUUUCUCAGGUGAUUGGAGGAACAGAUGAUAUGAUUCUCUAAAUAAUAGGAAGCUCCCAUUAGAGUCCAAUUGCAAAAUGUUACUGUGUAUAGUACGCAUACAUCUGCACAUCAACAAAUUUUGCAGCCACAGUGAUAAGUUACAUUUAUAAAAAUGGCUUCUAUUUAGAUCUAUCUACUAUGACAUCUCAUAGCUUUAAUUUACUGUUGUAGUGAGGGCCUUUUUAAAACAUGUGGAACUGGAAAUCUCUCACUAUGGGUUGUUUUGUAACAUAAGAUUUCUGCUCCAGUCUCCUUACAUUUUGAAGGUGAAAGGUUGCAACUGUAAUAUUACUUGAGAAAAAUCUACAUUUGUAACAUCUUGUUUUCUUGAAUGUCUUUUUAAAUGGAAUUCAACAUUACAGUACUUGAUCAAAUAAAAGUGCCUAGCCCACCAAUAUUAUGCUCCUAUAAUUGAAUUGUUAGCUUUGGGUGAUGUGUAGCUAUUCCUCUAAGCUUACAUGUUUAUCAUCUUUCUGUGGGAAUUCAAAGAUAAUGCAAAAUUUAUUUUUUAGUAAUUAAUUUAACAAAGAUUAGGUCUUUGUUGUUUAAAGCAAGAGUUUCAUCUUCCCUUAAUUUUGUGAAUGUUAGGUAUAUUUUGGUAUAUUGCAAAGAUUUUUAAAGUAUUAAA